AUGAAACAGGGAAAGAGAAGAGGAACGUGGCUGCUGGAAGGCGAUCAGUGGCUGAGCUUUAACCUUGGGGCUCUUCAUGUUGGAAAAGCAGAGGGCCCUCAGCCUCCUCUGCUGCGUUUACACACAAAGAGCCAAAGAGGGUCUGAGCCCCCCCUCGCCCCCCUCACACACACAGACUCCACUCGCCGUCUGAGAGACAAGGAAGGUUCAGUGAUGUUCAUGUCGACAGAGCCCUGUGAAAGCCUUUUGAUGUUGCUCCUCUUUUUGAGGGGACCGCAGAAAGGCUGGAGGACUUUUGGAUGUGGUGCCAAGAACAACAAGCGAGGAGGCAGCUGUGUGGACGAGGAGGCGGACCGGCCCACGAAUCAAAGAUGGCUGGCCAAGAAAGGAAAAUAG